UACAACUUUGCCUUUCUACGUCUCGCUUCUGCGUCGCCAAGGAGGCAGGCCGUGCAUCCCAGGCGUGGGCUGAAAGCUCGCAUGCCUUAGGGCGUGGAGCCCCAUGCCGCCCAUCUCUGCACGCUCUUGGAGCAGCUCUUCGGACAAGCAGCGCCUCAAGUUCCAUGAAACCGAAGCUUCCCGAGCCUCAGCAGUCGCCUCUGCUUCCCAGCACUCGCACCGUCACUCCCACACGCACUCCCGCCGUCCCUCGCAAUCACACGACGACAGCAGCCGGGGCCAGGACCGUGAGCAGCAGGCCCAGACGUUGGCUCAAGUGAAACGCUGGGAGAAGAAGGAGAAGAAGCGCAAGAAAAAGGCCAGGAGAAAGGCCGAAAAGGCCGAGAAGAAGCAAAAGAAGCACAAGCGUCACCACCACGACAACGACGACCACGAGGAACACCGCCACGGCAGCGCAUCUAGUAGCCACAAGGGCCAACAUACCAAAAAGCCCAAGCUACUGGGCACUCCAAUCUGCCCACCGGACACCUCUGCGACCAACUCCUGGCGCGUAUAUCCCAACCCCGCAGCCAUGACCUCCCAGACGAGCCAGAACGAGCCGGAAGUGCCACCGCCUGCAAAUGGGUCGGGGUCCACCCCUGCCUCCACCCGCGCCAGUGAAUCCAGUGAUUCUGGCAAAUCCGCCACCGCCCCACCCGCUCCACCAAGCGCAAGCUCCGAUGAUGAACAGGAGCCCGAAGGCCCGCCGCGUCCCGGCCAUAAGCUGGCUUCACUCCUGGCCGCCGACCCUGCAGACGCCGGAGAGCCAGCGAACCAGGACCCAGCUGCAGACGCCGGCAAUGCCAGCGCACAGCAAGGGCACGAGUCGGACGAAGACGAGGACCAUACUCCGGGCUACUGCAUUGAAUGCGAGGUACCUCUAUAUUUGGCCCUCGCUAAAGUCACGGAGCGCCCCGCCACGCUGGAAUGCCACGAGUGCCAGGAUGAAUAUUGCCCACAAUGCUUUCAAUCCCUGCACCGAAAAGGGCGGCGGGCCGGCCACUCUUAUGAGCGAAAACCAGCCACAGUUGCGCCGCGCCAGCUGGUUUCGGCUGCGGUCAUUCACGAUCAAGCCGUCGAAGGGAAUGACCAGUCUCGCAAGGAGACAGAACUGGACUCGUUUCAACUUCUCCAGCUCGAGCGUAACAGCCCCGAGUGGUUUGUUGAACGAGCGAAGCACAUUCCCGUUCGCCUGAAGCACCAGCAACGCUCCACGUUGCGCUGCGUGUUGGCCGCGCUGGCCAUCUCUUCGUACACGGAUGUUGUGGAUCAGCCAGAGCUUAACAAGCCUGCGCGCCGCCUUCGCGCGAUUGCCACAGAGAUCACCUCCUUUUUGACAGGCAUCGCUCUGGCCAAGAGUCAGUCCCAUCUCCUCUCAGGAUUGCCGGGUCGGCAGAAACCUGAUCGCCUGCUCAAAUCCUAUUUUGUGCACGUGGACAUAGACUACGACGUCGGCGUCAAGUUAACCAAGGAACAGAGCUUUGCGCGCUAUGCCGAGUUUUAUGCCGGCAGCCUGGAAUAUGUGCGUCGUUACAAGAUCAUGAACCCGGAGCUCAUGCGUACACAGUACGGCAAAUUGAUCCACCUUUUGCAAGAUUUUGCCUCGCCCGAGGUGCAAGAUUGCUUUGAGAUGCAACCCAUCAAGGAUAUCGAGACCGUCUACAGCUGGCUAGAUAGUCACGGUGUGGCUGACGUGCUCCUGGAAAAGGAUCUCAAGACAGCCACAAUGGAGAUUCUUCCUGAAGGCAAGCCGCGGCAUCAGAUUCAACAAGAAAUCAAGGCCAAAGAAAGUGCUCAGGAGCGCAUCGCUCGCAAGUAUGCAGGUGGCUCUAGCAAGUUUAAGGAUGACAUCAAGUGGUGUCUAUACUCCAUGUCCGACAACAACAGCUUUUUGCGUGUCAAUCGCUUUCCCGUGGAUCGUAUGCUGGGCUUCUUGCGCCGCUUCUUUGACCCGGAGAACAUUGAGAAAUCGUUUGACCUCAGCAUUGCAGCGGGCCAGGGUUCAGCUCGGCUGACACAUUCACACCAGCAUCAAUACCAUUACGUUUAUCAAACUCUGGCGUUGUGGAGCAAGAUCCUGGAUGACUUCUUUCGCCUAUGGCACCUGGCUGAACAGGACUUGCUCGAUCCGCGCAGCUACAAGCUUGUUGACACGGGACAGGGACACCAGCGGCAAAAACGCGCACCUCGUAUUGAAGCUGCCAUGCGUGCUAUUCUUCAGCAGACCCAGGCCGAGCUGGGCACCUGGAUCGGCAGUUCGGUGAUUCACUUGGGCGACAACAACGUGCCCAACGCUCUCAUUUUCAUCGACAAGUAUACGCAGGUGGCCAAAAUUCUCGGCCCCAUUGCCCAUACGUUGGCGGCCUUGCCUGGUUUGGCCGAGAAGCGCGACGUGCAAACCUGGAUCGAGUCGACGUAUGGCAACGUGGAGACGCUGCAAAAGACCAUCUGCCACGACUUCUUUUCCAAAGGCUUUGAUGGCUCAGGAGCCGACAACUUUUACGACGCGGGUUCCUGUAUCGAUGGGCGCCUCACUUCGGCGUGGAAUUGGUGCCAGCAACUACCGCAAAAGCGGUUCUACGCCGCGUUCAGCUUGGCAGGCUUUACGUCUUUUGAUGGCGAGUUUCAAGAUUAA